AUGGCAGACUCAAGGAAAUACACAGAUAAAGACAAUCCAAAGGAUUUGUUCAAAAAACUAUAUGCCAAAGCUAUUGCUCUUGGGGUAAAUGAAAAAGAGUGGUCAAAAUUGGAAGCUCUGAAAGACAUCAAGAAAAGUACUUCAAAGAAACCUGUGAUUGUUCGAGUGGUGGAAAAAAUCUGUUUAGUCGUCCUGAUACUUAUCGCUGUUCUACUGUUUAUUAUUGUGACUGAGUGGCCUGUGAAUAAUAACAGACUCUUAUUAAUUUGGUUUAAGGUUCAAGACCUUGAUCCUUUUCAUGAGCCGUGCUUAGUUGAAAUGAGUGAAUCUGUCGGUGAUUAUUUCCGUCCACCAGUGGAUUGUAGCUUUUGUGAAGGAGUUACACAAAUUGACAGAGUAUCAAAUAUCACCCGUGAACAGUUUGAAGCAAAAUAUGCAUAUUCAGGUCGCCCAGUGGUUGUUGAAGGAUCUACUGCCAAUUGGACUGCAAUGAAUGAGUUCUCUUUUAAAUUCUUUAAAAAAAUAUAUAAUGAAGGUAGUCCCACUCUGGUUAAUUCAGAUACCAAUUGUCAGUUCUUUCCAUAUGCCACAAAUUUUGAAAAUCUUGGUGAAGUAUUUAAUAUGAGUGAGGAACGAGCCUUGAUGAAAGAUGGAUUUGAGCCCUGGUAUAUUGGAUGGGGUAACUGUGAUUUUUCAGCUGCCAACAUCCUGAGAAAACACUACCAUCGACCAGACUUCCUCCCGGUAGAUUCUGAGUCAAGUAAAACAGAUUGGAUCUUCAUGGGAAGUCCAGGACAUGGCGCUCAUCUACAUAUAGACAAUGUAGACCUGAUGUCAUGGCAGGCACAGAUUACCAGCAGUAAACAAUGGCUACUGGAGCCACCUCCUGAGUGUUACUACAAAUGUGUCCACUCCAUGUCAACUGUUGUUUCUCCAGGGGAGAUAAUAAUUGUGGACACAAACAAAUGGUACCAUGCCACACUGGUUGUGGGUAAAGAUGUCAGCAUCUGUAUUGGAUCCGAGUAUGACUAG